AACCACACCACCUCCUACUGCGACUGCUUCUUCCCUCGCGGCCUGACGAGGGUUAAAAGAAAACCCCCCAUUCGACCCUCUUCACGCCCCGAAUCCAACUCUAACCGCCAUGUAUCUCCCCCGCCAACUCAUCUCCCACCUUUACCAACAACUCCUCCGCUCACACCACCCGCUCUCCCCACCCGUUCUGAUCCUCGUGGCUCUCGAACCCGAUGCACUCUGUGCCUGUCGGAUUCUUACGGCGCUCCUGAAGCGCGACUACAUCCCGCACAAGAUCCAGCCGGUAGCCGGAUAUGGCGAUCUCGCGCGCGCGGGCGAGGAAUUGGUCAAGCCCAUGCGGACGAACAAUGGCGGGAGUGGUGGGGUAGUUGUGUGUCUGGGGGUGGGCGGUCUGGUGGAUUUGAGCGAGAUAUUAUGCUUGAGCAGUGAGGAAGAAGAAGAGGAAGAAGAUGAUAUGGGCGGGGUCGAGGUGUGGGUGUUUGAUGCUAGGCGGCCGUGGAACCUGGCUAAUGUCUUUGGGGGUGAGGGGCGGCCGUCUGCGGCGGCUGAUGCUAUGGGAAUGGUAAAUCUGGGUGCGAGACGAGGGUCGCGCGGUGUUGAGAAAGGGUGUAUUACGUCGGCGUAUACGUCCGGCAAUGGGGGCAUUGUGGUUUAUGACGAUGGGGAUAUUGAGGAGGAGUUGGGGAAGGAGCGGGAGGCAUAUUGUGAGUUAGUGGCUAUGCCCGAAGUGGGUGAGGAGGAUGAAGACGAGGAUGAGGAUGGCGACUCGGGGAGUGAUCGCGACGAGGAUCAUCCCUCGAGUUCGGAUUCCAAGAAACGCAAGUCGUGGUCGCGCGAGGAUGAGGACGACGAGUCGGAUGAUGAAGAUGGGCCUCCACGUCAGCGGAGAAGGAGUGAUUCGGGGUCCUAUAUCAUUUCGUCACCGUCACGCCCUCCGCGGAGAGCUAUGCAUGAUUCGUCCAAUUCGUCUCGCUCGGUUACACCAACAUCAGAUUCACCAUCGCCGGUACAGCCCAAGCCACCGUCGGCGCGCACGUUACGACGACGAUUGCUGCGCAUGAAGAGGAAGCACGAGAAUGUGCUACAGAGUUACUAUUCGUCAGGGACGUCAUAUUCGGAACCGAUAUCGUCCAUUGUCUAUUCCCUUGCGUCCGAGCUCGGUCGUGAAGACAACGAUCUGCUGUGGCUGGCCAUUGUGGGUGUCUCGAGCUUGGAACUGAGUGGCCGUACCAUGUCAGGAGUGGGUGUGUCGAAUGCGCUGGAGUACGGAGGCUCGGCUGGCUGGGGUGGAGAGAGAGGCGAACGAAUACGGCAGAUUCUACGAGAUGAGGUCCUGCGAUUAAACCCUCCUGAUCCAUAUGAGCGAGAUCGCGACAUCAGAGGAGAAAUCAACGGCGUCAUUCCGACUACGGCACGGUCUCCAACGGACAAGUCAAUUCGGCUAUCUCCUGAACCGCGUUUCAUUCUCGUACGGCAUUGGUCGCUCUAUGACAGUAUGCUACAUAGCCCGUAUCUGGCAUCCAGACUUCAUGUGUGGACGGAGAACGGAAAGAAACGACUACACAAACUGCUGGCGAAAAUGGGCAUCAGCUUGAACCAGAGCCAUCAGAACUAUACCCAUAUGGACAUGGAGCUGAAGCGAGUACUACGACAACGUCUCUUGAAGUAUGCGCCAAUGUACGGCUUGGACGGACUUGUUCCGCCGGAGGCGUCUGGGCAUGCCGUUUCACGCGAGGGAUGGGGUUUUGUGCGCUGUUGGGGAUGGAAAGCCUGCCUUUCUGCCACCGACGUAGGUGUUAUCAUCGGUGCAAUUCUUGAAGUCGGGCCUGAAGAAGCCCCCGGAGUGUGGGAUGCCAAACGUGCGUCCAAAACUGCCACAGCGACCAAUGCUGAUGGAUCUACCGAGUCAGAUCUGGCCAGCCUGCUGCCCCGGUUUUGGAGUGCCUACGACGCGCUGUCAUUGACUUCAGAGUCGCCGACGCUCCUGCUGUCAUCUCUCCCUCUUGCCCAGCACCUGCACCGGGCCAUCCUUCGCACUGGUACUUCUCUGCUCGCAAAGCACCAGAUCCGUCAUUUGCGAGCGUUCCGUAUCGCCGUUGUCAAAGAUGGUCCGGACGUGAAACUCUUCACCAAUCCGGGGGCAUUGACCAAACUGGCAUUGUGGGUUGCUGAGGCGAUCCGGGUACAAGAGAGGGAACGAGGAGACUCCGUCAAGGUAGGACGCAGGCGGGCCCUGGGUACACCGCUUGUUCUUGCUGGGCUUGACGAGGACCGGGGCUUGUAUGUGGUCGUGGGUACAGGAGGAGGUGGCGGAGUGGUUGACUUUGCCGCCCUCGCCAAACGGCGAGAGGAGCGAAGGAAAAAGAAAGAAGCCAAGGAGAAAAAGCGCAAGGAGCGGGAGGAGCGUCGGGCGCAGCGCGCUGCCGAGCGCGCUGCCAACGGUGAAGAUGACGAGGAAGAGGAGGAGACGGAGGAGUCGUCGUCUGAAUCCGAGUCGGAGUCGGAAGACGAACAGGACCUGCGCAGCAACAAGCACCUUCUGCGGAAUAGGUUUGGCAUCGCGUUCCAGGAAGUGGUGCAAGAAACCAGUGCUCGAGUACGCAUUGAUAGCUUCGAGCACUGCGUGGUUGAGGUGCAGAAGGAAGACCUGGGAGGCUUCUUGGAAGCGCUGAGCUUCCGUAGUGUUGUCGGUUGAAACAGUCCAUCCUGACUGUCCCUUCUCUUUUCCUUGCGUCAUGCUCUUCAUUCUACGUUGAUCACAACGUGUCUGCUAAUGCACUCUCCUAUGUUGUGUCUAGGGUGGU